AUGGAUCUGGAGUUCAGCAAGUGCUUCGCGCACACGUCGGCGCUCGACUGCAGAUGGUCCCCAAGCGGGCGCUAUUUGGCAUCGGCUUCCAAAUACCAACUCAUCGUGCGCGAUGAGAAUCUCGAGAUUUUGCACAUCUUCGCAUGCCAAGAGAUCGUGGAGGAAUUGCAUUGGUCGCCUGAUUCCCAGUCCCUUCUGUGCCUUUCAUUGAGCAAGAAUGUCGUAGAGGUCUUCUCGCUACUCGACACCGAAUGGCGGGCCGCCAUCGAUGAGGAGAGCCUGCUGCCAGGCGUAACGGCCGUACGCUGGGCGCCCGACUCCAAGCACCUCAUCAUCGUCAGCGACUUUCAGCUGUUCGUGGCAGUGUGGUCGCUGGCAACCGGCAGCGUGGUGCAACACGUGAAGCACCCUAAGUACUCGUGGUCUUCGGUACUGGACACACCCGAGCGCGAGGGCAAGGAGGUCGACGGGCGGCGGCAGGAGGACGACGAUACGGGCAUCCGCGGCCUACACUUCAGCCACAGGGGCCGGUACAUGGCCGUCGCCCAGCGCGAGGGCUGCAAGGACUACAUCGCCAUCUACGACUGCGCCAAGCAGUGGAUGUUGGCCAAGAGGAUUGCUGUGGAGACCCAGGACCUGGGCGACUUUGCGUGGUCGGCCGACGACCGAUCCCUCUGCGUGUGGGAGGCAUCCCACAUGCCAUACAAGGUCAUGUUCUACCCCCUCUCCGCGAGCAGCACCACUACCACGGCGGCCGCCCCUCAAAAGAAGUCCUUCUCGGCCUACAAAGACCAGCUCUCGAUCAAGACGGUGGCUUGGUCGCCAGACACUCAGUACAUAGCCGUGGGGAGCUACGACCAAACGGUACGACUGAUCAACUCGCGCACGUGGAAGGUCGAGAUGGAAUGUAAGCACACUCCGGCGGCCACAAGGAGCAAAGAGACGCUGAAGGCUCAUCCCCCUGUGACCCUCCAGACCGUCUUCAGGGAGAUCGAUAGGCCCUGGGCUGAUGGGCGUGGGUCUGAAGACGAAGAGCCCCGACCCGAGGCAGAGGGCGUGCGGAGCACCAUUUAUGGCGUCAAUGACGAUCCGGUGGAGUUCAAGAGCGUGCGGGUUGAUCCACUCAAGGCCAACCCGGAGCUGGGAAUCGGCAUGCUCAGCUGGAGCCACGACAACAGCGUGCCCAACAUGCUGUGGGUCUGGGACGCGGUGAAGAUGUCCCUCGUUGCGCUGCUCGUGCAGAGGCAUCCUAUCAAGUCCGCCCGCUGGCAUCCCACGCAGACACGCCUCGCACUCUGCACUGCCAGUCGCGUGGUCUAUCUCUGGUCGCCCUCGGCGUGCCUCUCUUGCGACCUUCCCAAAGACACCAAGCUGCAUGUGAGGGACAUUGUAUGGAACCCGAGCGGCGGUUCCCUGCUGCUGGUCGACCGCAAGGCCUUCUCCGCCUGCUAUUUCCCCGCCUCGGCCUGA